AUGCUUGAAAAUUUGAUUGUUUCCCAAAGCUCUUUGGCUUUAUUUCAUAAACUAUCUAAAUCUUUGAAAACUACAUUACUGUCUUUGGAAAAUAGUGAUACUAUUUUCGAAGAUUUAGAUGACAAGACCGAAAGUUUUGAAAAACAAGCAAACUAUUCAAGUGUCCCAAUAAUUUUCAAAUCAAUUGUGUUGGUGUAUCAUGCUAGUUU